GUCUCUGCCCUGCUCCUACCCUAGAAGGGUGGCCGGCGUCACAGGUUUCUAGUCUCCCACCCCCUACCUCCCAGGCCUCCCGCCCCGCCCCGCCCCCAGGGCGCCCUGACUUUCCGUAAAUGACGGCGGCCAGGAAGCUCAGGGGCCGCACAGGAAGGAGCAGGGACUUUCCUGUCGCAGCCCGGGCUGCCCCACGCCUUGGCGCGGCUGCAGGUUAUACUCAUGGCACCUCCAAGUGAGGAGACACCUCUGAUCCCUCAGCGCUCUUUCAGCCUCUCGUCCUCAGAGGCAGGGGCACUGCAUGUACUCCUUCCUCCCCGGGGACCUGGGCCUCCCCAGCGACUGUCAUUCUCUUUUGGGGACUACUUGGCUGAGGAUCUGUGUGUGCGGGCCGCCAAGGCUUGUGGUAUUCUGCCUGUUUAUCAUUCACUCUUCGCCCUGGCCACUGAGGACUUGUCUUGCUGGUUCCCCCCAAGCCACAUCUUCUCCAUAGAGGACGCGGACACUCAAGUCUUGGUCUACAGGCUACGCUUUUAUUUCCCUGACUGGUUUGGGCUGGAGACGUGUCACCGCUUUGGGCUUCGCAAAGAUUUGACCAGUGCCAUCCUUGAUUUACAUGUUUUAGAAUAUCUCUUUGCUCAGCACCGCAGUGACUUGGUGAGUGGGCGCCUCCCAGUGGGCCUUAGCCUGAAGGACCAGGGAGAGUUCCUGAGCCUGGCUGUGCUGGACCUGGCCCAGAUGGCUCGUGAGCAGGCUCAGAGGCCAGGAGAACUGCUGAAGACCGUCAGUUACAAAGCCUGUCUGCCGCCUAGCCUGCGCGAUGUGAUCCAGGGCCAGAACUUCGUGACACGCAGGCGCAUCCGCAGGACCGUGGUCCAGGCGCUGCGCCGCGUGGUCGCCUGCCAGGCUGACCGCUACGCCCUCAUGGCCAAGUACAUCCUGGACCUGGAGCGGCUGCACCCAGCGGCCACCACCGAGGCUUUCCGCGUGGGGCUCCCGGGCGCCCAGGAGGAGCUGGGGCUCCUGCGUGUGGCGGGGGGCAAUGGCAUCGCCUGGAGCUCCGGGGACCAGGAGCUUUUCCAGACCUUCUGUGACUUUCCUGAAAUCGUGGAUGUCAGCAUCAAGCAGGCCCCACGCGUGGGUCCGGCAGGGGAGCACCGGCUGGUUACUGUCACCAGGAUGGACGGUCACAUCCUGGAAGCGGAGUUCCCGGGGCUGCCUGAGGCGCUGUCCUUCGUGUCCCUCGUGGAUGGGUACUUCCGCCUGACUUGCGACUCCAGGCAUUUCUUCUGCAAGGAGGUGGCGCCGCCGCGGCUGCUAGAGGAGGAGGCGGAGCUAUGCCAUGGACCCAUCACGUUAGACUUUGCCAUCCACAAGCUGAAGGCCGCUGGCUCUCUCCCGGGCUCCUACAUUCUCCGCCGCAGCCCGCAGGACUAUGACAGCUUUCUUCUUACCGCCUGCGUCCAGACUCCUCUUGGCCCUGACUACAAGGGCUGCCUCAUCCGCCAGGACCCCAGCGGGACUUUCUCUCUGGUUGGCCUCAGCCAGCCGCACAGAAGCCUGCGGGAGCUGCUGGCAGCCUGCUGGCAUUCUGGGCUGCGAGUAGAUGGUGCUGUCCUGACCCUCACAUCCUGCUGUGCUCCCAGACCCAAAGAAAAGUCCAAUUUGAUCGUGGUUCGAAGGGGCUGCACCCCCGCGCCUGCCCACGACCGCUCCCCAUCCUGCUGUGCACUGACGCAGCUGAGCUUCCAGACAAUCCCAUCGGACAGCCUGGAGUGGCACGAGAACCUGGGUCAUGGCUCUUUUACCAAGAUUUUCCGUGGCUGCAGGCGGGAGGUUGUGGAUGGUGAGACACAUGACACUGAAGUCCUCCUGAAGGUCAUGGACUCCAGACACCGAAACUGCAUGGAGUCCUUUCUGGAAGCUGCGAGCUUGAUGAGCCAAAUAUCCUACCCGCACCUGGUGUUACUGCAUGGCGUCUGCAUGGCUGGAGACAGCAUCAUGGUGCAGGAAUUUGUGUACCUAGGAGCAAUUGACAUGUACCUGCGCAAGCGUGGCCACCUGGUGUCAGCCAGCUGGAAGCUGCAGGUGACCAAGCAGCUGGCCUAUGCCCUUAACUACUUGGAGGAUAAAGGCCUCCCUCAUGGCAACGUCUCAGCACGGAAGGUGCUCCUGGCUCGAGAGGGGGUUGAUGGGAAUCCACCUUUCAUCAAGCUCAGUGAUCCUGGUGUCAGCCCAACUGUGCUGAGCCUGGAAAUGCUCACCGACAGGAUACCCUGGGUGGCCCCCGAGUGUCUCCAGGAAGCCCAGACCCUCAGCUUGGAGGCUGACAAGUGGGGCUUUGGCGCCACCACGUGGGAGGUGUUCAGCGGGGGACCCGUGCACAUUACCUCGCUGGAGCCCGCCAAGAAGCUGAAGUUCUAUGAGGACCGGGGACAGCUGCCCGCCCUCAAAUGGACAGAGCUGGCGGGGCUCAUUGCACAGUGCAUGGCGUACGAUCCUGGCCGGCGCCCUUCCUUCCGAGCUAUCCUCAGAGACAUCAACGGCCUCAUUACAUCAGAUUACGAGCUCCUCUCAGACCCCACACCUGGCAACCCGAGUCCCCGAGAUGAGCUGUGCGGUGGCGCCCAGCUCUAUGCCUGUCAGGACCCCGCUAUCUUCGAGGAGAGACACCUUAAGUACAUCUCCCUGCUGGGCAAAGGCAACUUUGGCAGUGUGGAGCUAUGCCGCUACGACCCUCUGGGGGACAAUACGGGACCCUUGGUGGCAGUGAAGCAGCUACAGCACAGCGGGCCAGACCAGCAGAGGGACUUUCAGCGGGAGAUUCAGAUCCUUAAGGCUCUGCACAGCGACUUCAUUGUCAAGUACCGGGGAGUCAGCUAUGGGCCUGGUCGCCAGAGCCUGCGGCUGGUGAUGGAGUACCUUCCCAGCGGCUGCCUGCGGGACUUCCUGCAGCGCCACCGCGCGCGCCUGCAUACCGACCGCCUACUGCUGUUCGCCUGGCAGAUCUGCAAGGGUAUGGAGUACCUGGGCGCGCGCCGCUGCGUGCACCGUGACCUGGCUGCGCGCAACAUCCUGGUGGAGAGCGAGGCGCAUGUGAAGAUCGCAGACUUCGGCCUCGCUAAGCUGCUGCCGCUCGGAAAGGACUACUACGUGGUCCGCGAGCCGGGCCAAAGCCCCAUCUUUUGGUAUGCCCCCGAAUCCCUAUCUGACAACAUCUUCUCCCGCCAAUCGGACGUGUGGAGCUUCGGAGUGGUGCUGUACGAGCUCUUCACCUACUGCGACAAGAGCUACAGCCCAUCCGCUGAGUUCCUGCGCAUGAUGGGGCCUGAGCGUGAAGGACCCCCGCUCUGCCGCCUCCUGGAGCUGUUGGCAGAGGGCCGACGCCUCCCAACACCUCCCACCUGCCCCACCGAGGUUCAGGAACUCAUGCAGCUGUGCUGGGCGCCCAGCCCGCAGGACCGGCCAGCCUUCGGCACCCUGAGCCCACAGCUGGACGCGCUGUGGCGUGGAAGCCCCGGAUAGCAGCCAGGGAUGAGCGUGAGCUUGGUUGGUUUUUAUGAUCUGGCUGUGCGACCUCAGGCAGGAAGCUGUCCCUCUCUGAGCUCCAGCACCCACUUAUCCCCUCUGGCCACCCCUUCCCAUCACUCUUUCCUCCCAGAAUGGGGAUAUUAAAUAUGUGACCCAGGCUCUGCACGGUCGUCGUCACCUCUGGAAUGCUUUCCUGGCCCAUCUGCUUUCUGCAGAAUUCACAACCCCAGGUCCCAACAGCACCCAAGUCUUGGCCAGAAACCCACUCAGCUCCCCAAACCCUCUCUUGACCCCAGUUCUGUGCCCAGUCCCUUGCUCCCUUGCCCGUGGGCUUCUAUGGGUUGUGAAACCUCAACACGCCUCCUGACAGAGUGGGUUUUGGGAGUGUUUGUUGAA